CUUUCACUUUAUUACUUUAAAGCUCUAAGGGCUUACUUUGCGUUUUCAACCCUCCUACGUUGGUAAAGCAAGUAGUAGCAUCCUUAUUUACAGACAGUGAAGAGGAGGUUCAGAGAGACUAAAUGACUGGGCAGAUCACAUCUCUGCCGGCGAUUUCCUUACCUGUAAAGUGAAGUGACUGAACUACCUAUCUCUUUGCAACUACAAUACAUUUAUCAUUCUAGACCUGCUCAGAGUUGGGAAGCCAUUCUGAAGCAGAAUCAGUUUCAUAACUCAGAUACAUCUCUAGUAGAGACGUAAAGUCCGGCGUUCCCCAGGCAACCGAAGGGAUUGAGCACAGGGUUGCCUCACGUAGGUCUGGGGUCUGCUCAGCGGCUACAGAAAAGCACGUACCAAGCGGCGGAACGGCUUUUGCGGGCGGUGGGGACGCGUUUUUGGAACGGACCAGGGAAAGGAAGUGUGUUACACCAUCGAUUGUACCCACUCCCGGCUGCUGCGGGGACGGUGCGGCGUCCUUGGCGUUCCGGCUGUCCUGGGCGGGCCUGAGCCUUAGGGUCUCCGGUGGCGGGCAAAGGAGGCUACAGGCUGUGGACGGGCUCGUUUCGGUGGCAGACUGGGAGGGUUGACCUUGGCCCAGGGUCGGAACCGAUGGCGGCUCGGGCUGUUAUCAGCUUGAGCAGCGCUGCUGCCCAGUGCUUGUGGGCGCGAGGCCCCGGGGUCCGUGUGGCUCUUAAGCGCUCCACCCUGGCCUUCCAGCCUGAGCCCCCGUUCUGCAGCACCGCUGGGGGCCGGACGCUGCACCUCACGGCCGAAGUCCCCGCGGGGCACAACAAGUGGUCCAAAGUCCGGCACAUCAAGGGUCCCAAAGACGCGGAAAGGAGUCGCAUCUUCUCCAAGCUCAGCUUGAGCAUUCGCCUAGCGGUUAAAGAAGGAGGCCCCAACCCUGAGCUCAACAGCAACCUGGCCAGCAUCCUAGAGGUGUGUCGCAGCAAGCACAUGCCCAAGUCAACAAUUGAGGCAGCACUGAAAAUGGAGAAAACCAAGGACAUUUAUUUGUUGUAUGAGUGCCGAGGCCCCGGUGGCUCUUCUCUUCUCAUCGAGGCAUUAUCUAACAGUAGCUCCAAGUGCCACUCGGACAUCAAACACAUCCUGAACAAGAAUGGGGGAAUGAUGGCCGAAGGAGCUCGCCACUCCUUUGACAGAAAGGGGGUGAUUGUGGUUGGAGAGGAGGACAGAGAGAAGAAACCUGUGAACCUAGAGCGUGCCCUGGAGCUGGCAAUAGAAGCAGGAGCUGAGGAUGUCAAGGAGACUGAAGACGAAGAGGAAAAGAACAUUUUUAAAUUUAUUUGUGAUGCCUCUUCACUGCAUCAAGUGAGGAAGAAACUGGACUCUCUGGGCCUGUGUUCUGUGUCCUGUACAUUAGAGUUCAUCCCCAACACAAAGGUGCAGCUGGCUGACCCCGACCUGGAGCAGGCUGCCUAUCUCAUCCAGGCGCUCGGCAACCACGACGACGUGAUCCAUGUCUAUGACAACAUUGAGUAGCCAGACUGUACAUGCCUCCAGGUGGCCUAUUCUAGAGCACAAGCUUCUGCAGUGUCCCCUGGGACUCAGGGGGGGGUGGGGGUUCCUAGCAGGUUAGCAAGCAUAGACCUGCAGCUUUGUGGUCAGCUGAAUCCCUGCACAUCCAUGAAGCCUCUUUGUCAGUUCUGAUGGUGUCUGAGCCCUCCUGGGUGAGUCCCUCACAUCCUUCUCGAUGCGGGGGAAGUGGCCAUUCAGCUGGUCAAGUUCUGAUCUCAGGAAUCUGGCCCUUGGGACAGUAGGUGCUCUGAAGGCCCAUGUACUAGAAACUACUCUUCAGUAAUAACAGUCAUUAUUGACCUGAAUAGCUGGCUUGCUAUUGUGUGACUUGAGUUUUCCUGGGUUUGUGUCCAGUUGGUGGGACCCUCUUGACUUUCUUUUAAGUCUCUAGGCUUAGUUCCACUACUCCAGUCCCAAGACUGUAUUUUUUUGAUUGACCAUAGAAACGUGACUCCCUCCAGGUGCUUUUGUGUUCUAGUGCUGGUCUAAUGGCCUAAAUCUGUCAUUCUUUCACAUACCUAAUAUCAAUCAAACACCUACUGUGUACCAGGAACUGUACUUACAACCUGUUCAAUUGAUGCCCUAUGCUGGAUCUGCUCUAAGACAUUGGACCUCAGGGAGAAGACACAGGAUCUCUCUCUCCUGGAGCUGUCCGAGGGCAAUGUGAACUGCUGUGCCCGCAUCCUUGUUCUCUUCCUGUGGCCUCUGUAUCCUUCUGCCAGAGAGCUUAAGGCUCUAGCCCAAAGGGUGCCAAUGUAAGGGACUCCCAGGCCCUGCUUUGUCCAGGUCCGUCUGUGUUCUGAGUGCUUUCACUCCAGAGUGAACCUAUCAGUGGGCUGCACUCAGGAAAAGAAACACCAAGUUGGUUUUGAAAGCUGCCUGAUGCCCAGAAUGUCCAACUCUGGCCCCUCUUAAUCCCUGAUGCCAGUUGGAUGAUGGGGCACUGGGAACUGAAAAGGAAAUGAGAACAGAAAGAAGGGUGAAGAGCUGAGUCAGGAGCCUGGCCAGAUGGGAAAUAGGAGCCAUGGUGCCUUUUGCUCCUAAGAAUCACUUCUAAGUUUAGAGACACCAGGAGUGCCAACCACCUGUGCUGGAGCCCGUCAAAUAUGUGGGGUCUGGAGUGGCUUUUUGAUCCCUGUUAUUCACCUCCUUAUAAGUUGGUUAAGGCAGUUCUGAGCUCAGUGUAAUUUUCCUAAAGGAGCCUUAGGUAAAUUAGGAUGGAAAAGAACUAAAACCAAAUUGGCUCUUAAAUGAUAGCUUCACUUUCUAGCAAAAAUAGAUUACUAAUUCCAUGAUGACUUCAGCUGGAGAGUGAAGCCUGCGGGAAGAAAAUCAAUUAAAUAACCCAUUAUGGUGCCAAAGCAUGUGCUCUUAUACCUCGUUUCAUAAUGGUGGUACUACCUGGGAUUUUUAGUUUUUAUAGGAGAUAACUCAUCUAAAUAUCUGAAUAGCAUAUCAUUAAAACAGGGCAACAUAAAUGCCACUUCCUAAUUUAUAAGAUACUUUAAUAUUUUAUUUAUUCGACUUUCAAAACAAACCUAUAAAAUAGUCAGGUCAAGUAUUUUAUGCACAGAUGAUCUCAUACCAAGCAGUUGAAAACUCCGUCUUGCGUUCAUAGACCUUGAUUUAUAAAAUAGCUCUAUUUUGUGAAUGUUGAAUAUAGACUAAUUUGGAGAAAUGUGAUCAUUUCUGACAUGAGUAAUCUUGUACUAAGGAAGCCUGCUCGAGAAGGGAACUUGGUUACCCAUGUGGAUAGUCCUCUGAUCUAAUACAUAGGAUUUGUUACUGCGAGUUCUCCUGUAAACUGGUUUGUUUGCAUCAAGACAUCCUAGACAGCUCUGCACUGACCUCUGGCGGUGCCCUGCAGUCUUCCUGCAGUUAAUAUGGAAAAGGCAGAAGUGAAAGCUUACUCAGAAAGUUCUGACUCUAGAUCUGAUAAAGAGAUCCUUAGCUACCUAGGUUAAAUAGUUAAAUAGCUAUUUAACUGAAAAUUUAAGUGAAGAUGGUAUGAGCUGUUUUGCCACUAGAAAUUAUUUUUUAAAGACUAUGUCAGAGAAAACAUUUACUAUAUAAUGUUAAAUGAAAAACAAAGAUUAAAAACUGUGUGUUUAGUGUGGUCCAGAUUUUAAAAUAUUUAUGAUGCUGUAUAUAUGAAAUUUUAAGAAAAGACUAGAAAGAAGUAUAUCAGAAUAGCAAAACUGAUUAUCUCUGGGUGGUGAUAUUAUAACUGAGUUUUAUUUUCAUGUAUUACAUUUAUUAGGGAAGCAUUUUUUAGAAAGAAGAAAACUAGUCACGUUAUCCUCCUCCUAAGGAGACAACAUGUGAGCACCUGGGAUUCAAGUGCACCUUGAAGUCAAAAGAAUGGGGUCUGGUCCUGGCUUGCCUUAUCUUUGGUUAGUGUCUUAACAACAAAAUCAUUUAGCACCUUGAGCUGGCUUGGGCUCACUUUCAAGUGUCCUUUCAGUGGGGUGGAAGUAUCAGUGACAGCCUUUGUCCGCAGCCUUGACUCUCACUGGGAAACGCUCAUGUAGUAUGUAGCUGCCGCACCUCUGCCGGGGGCCCCAGCUGAAUCAGACUGGAACAGCGAAGACUCUGCCUCCAGCUAACCAUGGAAAUGCAGUCCUCUGGUUACUUUUUUUUUUUCUCUUGAAAACAUAUAACAUAGAUGUCAUAGAGUUGUCUUGAGAACUGUUAAAUAAGUUAAUAUAUGCUAAGCACUUAAAACAGUGCCUGGCAGUAGUAAGUAUUCAAUAUAUGUUGGCCUUUUUUCCCACUAAGUAUGAAUGAACAUUUUUUUUAAGCAUUUUUUAUUUUAUAUUGGACUAGAGUCAAUUAACAAUAUUGUGAUAGUUUCAGGUGUACAACAAAGCAACUCAGCCAUCCAUAUACAUGUAUCCUGAAUGAACAUUUUUAAAAAUUGAAACAUGACCACCCUAUAUAUAUCUGCUUUGUAACCUGUCCCCCACCCUCUCCUUCCCCUUCAUCCUAGAUGCCUUUUGGUAUUGGGAUGGAGAAGUCUACUUCUUUCUUUUUAGUGGCUACAUAGUAUUUUAUUAUUAUUAAUUAAUUUUAUUUUUAAUUAAUGUGUCAUAAUUUAUUUUAUUUAAUUAGUCUCUAUCAAUGGAUAUUUUGAUUGUUUAUCUUACAGAAGAUGCUACAAUGAAUACUUUUUACCUUUGCUCUCUAGCAAAGUAUUCUUCACGAUAAAUUUAUAGAAGUGGAAUUACAAAAUGCAAAGCAGUUUUUCUUUAGACGUAAAUGUCAAUAUGUAAAAAUGUAAAGAUGUAAAGAUCUAUUUACCUCCUUCCUUAACAAAGCAGAGAACCUAACUGAUUGAACUGGUGAUCUGAAUAUAUUCUAUGUUACCUCUGAAUUAAAAGAAUUUUCAUCAAA